GAUGAACAUGAAUCGGAAUAAGUUCAGGUAUUGCACAUCUUUAGCAUACCACCCAAAAAUCCACUAGAAUGCAUGAAUUAACAUCUACUUAAACCAACAUUUCCUGGAAACAGACCACCAUGUGAACAAUAUGUCUCAAGUCAAGAACAAGUCCCAAUACAAUAAGAACAAGACCCAUGUGAACAAGACUUCUCAAGUCAAGAACAAGUCCCAAUACAAUAAGAACAAGACCCAUGUGAACAAGACUUCUCAAGUCAAGAACAAGUCCCAAUACAAUAAGACAAUAAGAACAAGACCCAUGUGAACAAGACUUCUCAAGUCAAGAACAAGUCCCAAGACAAUAGGACAAUAAGAACAAGACCCAUGUGAACAAGACUUCUCAAGUCAAGAACAAGUCCCAAGACAAUAAGACAAGAAGAACAAGACCCAUGUGAACAAGACUUCUCAAGUCAAGAACAAGUCCCAAUACAAUAAGACAAUAAGAACAAGACCCAUGUGAACAAGACUUCUCAAGUCAAGAACAAGUCCCAAGACAAUAGGACAAUAAGAACAAGACCCAUGUGAACAAGACUUCUCAAGUCAAGAACAAGUCCCAAGACAAUAAGACAAUAAGAACAAGACCCAUGUGAACAAGACUUCUCAAGUCAAGAACAAGUCCCAAGACAACUUCCUAACGCAUCGUCAAGUUACACCAAGACAGGUGACUGUUUUCUAAUAUUCUUGCUGUUGGGUGACUGUUUUACUCACAAGUAUGUACAUGUACUUACAUUUCCACUAGGUGUAUAAGAUACAUUGUAAAAAACUAAAUUAAACGCACCAAGCUGUCUGCCCACGCGGCUGAGUGGCGACGAUAUACUUCAAGGUGAAUGCACUUGUAGGUCUGUUAGUUGUAAAACACCAACACCGUAAAGUGUGUACUCUGUCACCCACAUGUGCUGUAAACAAAUUAAGCUAUCUGUGGAUCUUCAACUUGGUAAAUGAGGAACUAAUUUCCCUCUGCAGUUUGAAUAUAAAGAGCCACAAACUGAGGCCUGUAUGUCAGAGUAAAAGGCUCAUUGUGCAACGUCAUCGGCUGCUCUGAGCAGCUGCUAAACACCAAGUUCUUUUAAAACUCUUACAUCCUACCUGUUUCCUGUUUUGUUUGUUUUUCCCUGAUCUAAUUCAUUUCAUUCUUAACCUCAUCUUCUUAAGAACAGCCAUCCCUCUCUCCGUCACGGCAGCCUGGGUUUCAGAGGGAACUCAAUUUCUAAUCCUGCCUGUUGAUUAAGGAUUACAUCUGGAGAGCCGGCAGCUCUCUCUGAUGUGUUAUUGCCGAGCUGCUGUCGUGGACCCCCAGGCCUGAGCCGCCCACGCCUCCAGCUCUGCUGCCCGCCUCCGCCCAUGAGCACGAUGGCUUUCCCACUCAUUUGAAUACAUGGGCACCAUGCAAAUGUGUGCCUCACAUCUGUCCACCCAUCCAUGGCAUCCGUUCAUUUAAUCCAUUCUUCCCUCUGGCCAUCCGCUCCAACAUCAAAAACAGCAGCACAGAUACGAAUCUGGCUUCAACGUUACAUUUUUUGGGGGGCAUCUAGGAGCAGGGAAAAGAAAAGUCCUGUACAUAUUCAAACAAUCUAUACAUAUUGUCAAACAAAAAAUAUUUUUUUUUAUUAAAAAACGUCAACUAUGACUCAAGACAAUGAUCUUAAAAAAAAUAAACAGAUCAUUAAAAGAUACAAUCUAUGUUUACAAAAAAAAUACUUUUAAACGUUGGGUUUUGACGCACAAGGCAGCUUUUUUACGCAGCAAUCCAUAUACGCAGCUGGGGGCGUGGGGCUAUGUCGGUGUGUGCGCUUGUUCCUCUUCUCACCAGCUCAGUCAGAUGCGCACAGCUCAAACUUCCUUGUCCAAGCCCAGUGCGCUGCGCCGCUUCCACCCGUCCGCAUCUUCAGCCAACAGCCGGGAGGAAGAAACACAAACAAGUUCUGCGAAAGGAUGGAGCCGACGGAAGAGAAAUGAGGAUUAUGCUGCACGCGGCCACCCGAGUCUAGAAGAGCAUAUCUCCACGCGCAGAAGUAACAGUGAUCGUGAAGGAACCAUGGGCUGUGUGGGCUCGAAGAAGGAGCAGGAGCAGGAGGCUCCCGGCAAAGGGACGGGCAACAACGACCAGCAUGGCUGUGCGCAGGCGGCCCACUACGUCAAAGACCCCACCGCAGCGAACUUCGGCAGCAAAGCUAGCCAAAUGCCGUCGAAUGCAAACUCUCCAGACGCAGGAGAGAGCAUCGCCAUGGCGCUGUACGACUACGAGGCCAUCCACGACAGCGACCUCGGCUUCAAGAAGGGGGAUAAGCUCCGGAUCCUGGAGGAAUCGGGGGAGUGGUGGAAGGCUAAAAUGAUCAGUUCGGGUCAGGAGGGCUUCAUCCCCAGUAACUACGUGGCCAAAGACACUCUGGAGGCCGAGGAGUGGUUCUUUAAGGGCGUGAGCAGGAAAGAUGCCGAGAGGCAGCUGCUGGCCCCCGGGAACAAAGUGGGCUCCUUCAUGAUCCGAGACAGCGAGACCACCAAGGGCAGCUACUCCUUGUCUGUGAGGGACGGCGACUCCAAGGUCAGUGACACGGUCAAGCAUUACAAGAUCCGAACGCUGGACAACGGAGGAUUCUACAUCUCUCCACGCAACACCUUCACCAACCUGCAGGAGCUCGUCAGCCAUUACAAGAAGCAGGGAGAUGGCCUCUGCCAAAAUCUGACCAGCCCGUGCUUGAGCCCCAAACCUGAGAAGCCAUGGGAGAAAGACGCCUGGGAAAUCCCGAGAUCGUCACUCAAACUGGACAAGAAGCUCGGCGCCGGCCAGUUCGGAGAAGUCUGGCUGGCCACGUACAACAAGCACACCAAAGUAGCGGUGAAGACCAUGAAGCCUGGCACCAUGUCGGUGGAGGCCUUCAUGGGCGAGGCCAACCUGAUGAAGAGUCUGCAGCACGACAAGCUGGUCCGGCUCAAUGCUGUGGUCACCAUAGAGGAGCCCAUCUAUAUCAUCACCGAGUACAUGGAGAAAGGGAGUUUAUUAGACUUCUUGAAGAGUGAUGAAGGAAACCGUGUCAAGCUCCCCAAGCUCAUCGACUUCUCUGCCCAGACCGCAGAGGGUAUGGCCUACAUCGAGCAGAGGAACUACAUCCACAGAGACCUGAGGGCUGCCAACAUCCUGGUCAACAAGGCUUUGGUGUGCAAAAUCGCUGACUUUGGCCUCGCUCGCAUCAUCGAAGACAACGAGUACACGGCCAGGGAAGGAGCCAAAUUCCCCAUCAAGUGGACGGCCCCUGAGGCCAUCAACUACGGCUCUUUCACAAUCAAAUCUGACGUCUGGUCCUUUGGCAUCUUGCUGACUGAGAUUAUCAGCUAUGGACGCACACCAUAUCCGGGGAUGUCCAACCCGGAAGUGAUCCGUGCCCUGGAGAAGGGCUACCGAAUGCAGCGCCAGGACAGCUGUCCCAACGAACUCUAUGAAAUCAUGCUGGAGUGCUGGAAGAACAAGCCAGAGGACCGCCCCACCUUCGAUUACCUGCAGAGUGUCCUGGAGGACUUCUACACAGCCACAGAGAGCCAGUAUCAGCAGCAGCCAUGAGGCUGGACAUCCACAGACAUGUCUUUCUCUAAUUGUGCCGUUCUAUUCACACUCAACAGCAAGUCCAGCUUCUACAUGAAGCAGUGCAAUUCAUGUAACAAGGGACCGUACACAAAUGAUUGGGUUGGGUUGAACCUUCAUCAACUAUAUAUUGUAGGAAGCUACGGAUCACCUUUCCUAACAUUUUUAUAUUUUCAUUGGGCGCUCCUCACUAACAUUUUAAAUAAUCAUAACCACACAAGGAAAAGCAAAAUACAAAAACAAUGGUAACACUUUCUACGAUGCCCAUGCCAAUAAUGCAUUAUAAACAUACUUGUAUUGUACAGUAUUUAUAGCACUGCACAUCUUUAGUUAUAAGCACUCAUCACUAUUCAUAAUGCUUUACAAUGUUGCCUUGAAGCAUAUAUUUAUUUUAAGUGCUUAUAACAAUAAUCAUACAGUGUUAUAAACAGAUUAUAACAUAUGCGUAUGAUGCAUUAUAGACACAGACAUCAUAGAAAGUGUCAAUAAAUAAUGUUUACAUGUAUCAUUAUUACUGCACAAUAUUAUAACAACACGGUCGGGGGAGGGGACAGGCUCCACGCCGUGCUGUAAAAAAAGCUUUUUCCUAAACAAAAAGAAAAGAUAAAAAGCCAUACAACUUUUCUACCAUCAUCCCUCUUAUGAUGUGUGUACAGUCCCUAAUAUUGGACCAGCUUUGAAGGUGUUUUACAUAAUAUGUAAAUGUAUGCCGGAGGCCUCACUGUACGGCACAUGCUAUGGCGUCUCACACACAAAAUAUUAUUUCACACACGGAUACGGUCAUAUCGGCAAACAAAUGAGGCCACCCAAAAGCAGUCGCGUGGAAUAUAGACUGUAUUUAGUUGAUGUGCUCCAGCUCCCAUCAAAGGAAGGUAGAGGCGGGGGGCAGUGGACUUUACAAAGUGCAAGAUAUACUGUAUGGCUGAUAUAUGCUUAAAUCUUCUAUUUAUAUUCCAUAGAUAUGUUCCAGCACGAUGUGGCUUGAAGUUAGCAUUACCACUUUGUUGUGCCUUUUUCUGUCUCAUUUCUAAUAUAUUACAUCUGCUCUGUGUAUAUAGUACACACAUAAAUCAAAUUAUUUAAGAAUAGGGUUUAACGUGAAGCCAUAUUAACUGAUAAUGCUUGUUGAUCCUUUUGGCUCAGUCAACUUGUGUUCUGUAUUUGUGAAGUGGAGUGUAAGAUAAGUGUAUCUUGAAUGCAAUGAUCUAUUCCAAAACUAAAUGCCUUUUUGUUUCUCCAGUGUACGAUUUUUUAUUUUUGCAAUUAUUUUCUACACUUUUUGGAUAAUGCGAUUCUUGUAUUGUUGGAAAUAGCAAUGCAUUUUGUGGACCACAAUCCUACACAUUUUAAAAGGGAAUAUUUUGAAGUAUUUAAGAUAAUUUGGUUGGAGUUUUUUUUUUUUGUAAUGGUAUGCAACUGUUUGUGUUUUUCUUUAUCAACAACUCUUUGUACAUUUUGUUUGGUUAGAUUCUUGGCUAAAUGCAACUGUAGAGAACAUUUUCAAAUAAAUUGUUUUAGAAACAAC